AAGCGAAAUCGAAGUAUUAUACUUCUGUCAUCUCCUCCUUCAACAGGACAACUUUUUGUUACAGAAGACGAGACAAUUGAGGAGUCGUCUUUUUCAUUUCUGCAGCAGAAUCAAAAGCAGAGACAAGACCAGAAUAUCAAUAAGGAACCCAAUACUUCUAUCUUAGAUGUGGUCCAUUGGCUUUCAGAUAGCAGUAUGAUCAGCGAGUCUGACCCUAAAAGCGCUUCUCCUAGAGCUGUAGAUUCACACAAGAACAAAACGACGAGCGAUACAACUAUAAGUUCCAAACCAGUAGUUACAGAAAUUUCACCUCCAAGAUCCAAAACAAAAACAAAUGAAUAUUCACUUUCAUUCCAACUGAAGAAUACAUCUGUAAGUCCAACUUAUGGUACCAAUUUGGAACCUAAAUCUAAAAAAGUUGAAGGUUCACCAUCAAAAUCAAAGUCACGCAAAGCGAAUGUCAAGGUUCCAGCCGUGCUGAAGGAGAUGAAAGACGCCAAUAGAGUCACCAGAAGCAAAGAAGAGUUGCUCUCUGAAAUGAUUAUAAUGAUGGCUCCCUGUGUGAAAUCAAUGUUUAAGCAAGAUUAUCUAGAAACACAAUUUGAGAAGCCUCAUAUUUCUGAUUUCAUUAGUGAUCUUCCAAUGAUUUGUUGGAACAGAAAAGUCAAGGCGUUGUACAAUCCGGAGACCGAUUUGUUUGUUCCCUGUGAAGAGACAGAGCUUCAGGAGAAGAAUAUAGUACUCUAUUAUGAGGCCCAAGAGUUUUUUGAAAAAGUUCACGAGAGAACACUCAAGUACCAAGUUAACCGAGCAUUAUCUCUUCGGAAACAAGACAACGACACUAUAAUGUACAAGAUUAUCAUUAUGGUAGAGGGGUAUGAUGUUUUCAUCAACAAACUCAAGCGUAUGGAGCAGAACAAGUACAAGAGCAAAGUUCUUGAUCGACUAAACGAGCCCGAUUCUUUGCUGCUGUCACAGUCGCAGCCAAAAAGACGUAAAAAUACAAUUGAACCAACGCUAGAUAUUACAGCUAAAGAGGCUGAAUUGCUUAUGAAUUCUGUUCAGAUCGAAUUAAAGGUUAAUAUCUUCACCGUGAGAAAUAGCAGCGAAGCCGUGGAUUGGCUACUUUCAUACACCUAUGCCAUCAGUUAUUCACUCUACGACAAGUUUGAGAGAAACAGCUCAUUGGCCAAUAUUGGCGUAGUUCGUUCUGGCUCAGAUUCAAAAUCCACGUUCAUUGGUGGAGUGAGACAGUUCAAGUUGCUUACUGAGGCUAAGGCUGAAAGACUUUAUAGUCACUAUCCGUCUCUUCAAUCUAUUUAUCAAGUGCUCACGAGAAGUGGAGCUCUUGAACGUGAUGGCAACGGAAAGAAUCUAAUUCCUCCUUCUGCUGAAAGUGCCAUGUUGAGGUUUUUUACGUCAGAAGACCCUCACGAAGCUAUUAAUGAAUAA